AUGAUACCGGUAUUUUUACGAGGAGUCCGGCCACUUUUGAUGAGAGCACCUAGUGUGCUUUUGAGAACUCACAUACUGUAUACAGCUUAUCAACCAGUAAGAUUAUAUUCUUUCACAGCAAAGCCAACAGGAAAGACAAAUGACCCGUUAAGGGGGAUUAGUGCAAUGAAGAAGUCAGGGGAUGCUAAAAUUGACUUGCUGGGGAGAAUAACGGUGGAGAAAAGUGAAAAGUUGAAGAAAGGGAGCAAAGUGAAUGAAGAAAAGAAUGAAGAAAAGAACGAAGAAAAGAAGUAUGAAGACAAGAAAGAUAAAGACACGAACAGUGUGCAAAAUAAGGAAGAAGAAGAGAAAGCUGCGCAAAGGAAGAAUGAACCAAAGGAGGAAAAGAAAGUUAAAAAGAAAAGAAAACUAUUCAAGUUGAAACUGUCGGAUUUCAAACUCAAAGAGCAACCUGUGGGAAUAUAG